AGUCGUAAUGACAACUGCACCACAUAACGGACAAACAUUCGGCAGGAGUUCGGUCAGAAAGUCUGAUUAAAAACUUGUCAAAACCGAAYAAAGUAAUGAGUUAGAUUGUGAAAUUUCUAACGAACUUAACCCGAGAUGGAACAGACAGACGCUGCCACAAAGAAAAUGGACCAAGAGUUUGAAGAAAUGGAUUCAGAAGGCCGGUGGCAGAAACUGUACUACGAAAUCAGAAAUCAGUCCCACGAGUGCUCCUUCAAAGUGGCCAARUACCCAGAGAAUCGCAACCGAAACAGAUACAGAGAUGUCAGCCCAUUUGAUCACAGUCGAGUAAAGCUGGAGAACACAGAAAAUGACUACAUCAAUGCAAGUCUGGUGGUGAUGGAAGAAGCCCAGAGGAGUUACAUAUUGACUCAGGGCCCUCUGAGGAACACCUGUGGCCAUUUUUGGCUUAUGAUCUGGGAGCAGAAGACCAAGGCAGUCAUCAUGCUUAACAGGGUUAUAGAGAAAGGAUCAGAAAAGUGUGCCCAGUACUGGCCCACAGCAGAGGAGAGGGAAAUGGCCUUUCGAGACACUCGUUUCUUGGUCACAUUGUUGUCAGAGGACACCAAGUCUUACUACACCACCAGAGUACUGGAGCUGCAGAAUCUUAAUACGGGGGAGAAAAGAGAGAUCUACCACUUUCAUUACACCACGUGGCCCGAUUUUGGCGUUCCUGAAUCCCCAGCGUCRUUCCUGAAUUUCCUGUUUAAGGUGCGGGAGUCUGGCGCGUUGGGGGUGGAUCACGGGUCGGCCGUGGUGCACUGCAGUGCUGGGAUUGGACGCUCGGGCACGUUUUCUUUAGUUGACACAUGCCUUGUACUCAUGGACAAAAGGAAAGACCAGUCAUCGGUGGACAUCAAAAGCAUCCUGUUGAAGAUGAGGAAGUACCGUAUGGGUCUGAUCCAGACUCCGGACCAGCUGCGCUUCUCCUAUAUGGCUGUCCUCGAAGGAGCCAAGUUCAUCAUGGGAGACUCUUCUGUACAGAACCAAUGGCGUGAAUUAUCCAAAGAGGACCAGGAACCAAUUUCAGAGUCUCCGCCAUCGACUCAGCCUCAGGCCAGGUGUCCUGCUGAGCGAUACAACGGCAACCAAAAAGGAGGUCAGCAGGAGGAGGCAGGGGAGCACAAACAGGACGGCAAAAUACCUGCACAGUCUUCCUGCAAGGAACAGGAGCUGGACGGCAGCACAACACACAAACGGCGCAGAGAAGACAGYAUCUCCAAAUCUGCAGCAACCAAGAUGGCCCAAAGCAAGUCCAGGUCCAAUGACUCGGAGAGGAAGAGGAAAAGGACGAAAACCAGUGACUGCUGACCAGCUCCAACCACAAGACUUCAGCUGUUUGCAGCCAAAGCAAACAUCGGCAGGGAACUCCAGCUGCCCCCGUUCCCAACCUCUGUGCUCUUCCUCCUCGCCAUUUUAUUUCUUUUGCUUUGUUUUUAUUUCAGUCCAAUCAAGUCUUUUUUUAAGCAACGCCCACCUCGUCAUGCCUCAGACCCACCAUCUCAGCUUUCCAAACUUCGUUCCUUCUGAAAUGUUUACAGCAUUUACUGACUUUCUCUGAAGGUAAACAAAGCACCUCGAACCUCACCCAGCCUCUGUCGUUUUCUGCUUACAGAAUCAGUAAAUACUUUUUUCUCUUGUUUCUUAUGCGACUGAAAAUUGGGGCUAUGCAUUGCCAAUUUCUAAUGCUGGUCAUUUGUGUAUUUUUGGAAAAACAUUUUCUUUUUUCAGAGAGAAAAUAAUAAUUAAAAAAAUCUAUUUUUAUAAGAAACUACUUGAAGUUUUUCAGGUGAUAAGGUUUGUAUAAUGACAAAUACUGCUACCACCCAUGAGUAAAACAGUGGCAGGAAAUGUUUCCAUGAUGUACAUAGUUUUUUUUUUAAGAUGUGUAUUAAAGGUAUUUUUGCUUGUAAAAAUAAAGAACUUGUUACAGAUAUGUACACAACAAAAACCUUGUGACUUUUCUCCCUUUGAAAUGAAUUUGUCUUAAAGUUUUUCAGAGUGUAACCUCUAAAUAAAACUGGUAUCACUUAGUUUA